AUCACGUGAACACACAGUUUCCACGAGAUUUGAAUGAGGAGGAGCACAGGGUAUACUUCCCACACACAGCCGGAGCAGGAGCACUGAAGGCGGAGUGGAGGAGGACAGCAAGACCCCAGAGAACCAGCAGCAGCAGCCUCGGACUCUCAGAGAGACAGACGGACUGAGAAUAAGACGAUCAGACGGACUGUACUUCCUGUCUGCUGUGUUUCAGCUUCCCUCAGAGACAACAUGGCUUCCAGGUUAGAGGAAGAUAUCUGCUGUCCGGUCUGUCAGGACGUCUUUAGAGAUCCUGUUUUUCUGUCCUGUAGCCACAGCUUCUGUAAAGCCUGUCUGCAGACCUGGUGGACGGGGAAAGAAGUGAAGGAGUGUCCAGUUUGUAAGACAAGAUCAUUGAUGGAUCAUCCCCCCUGCAACCUGGCAUUAAAGAACCUGUGUGAGACCUUCUUACUGGAGAGAGAUCAGAGACCUCCAGAGGCUCUCUGCAGUCUGCACUCUGAGAAACUCAGACUCUUCUGUCUGGACCAUCAGCAGCCAGUGUGUCUCGUCUGCAGAGAUUCAAGAACACACACCAACCACAGCUUCAGACCCAUGGAUGAAGCUGCUCAGGAUCUCAGAGAGGAGCUCCAGAAAGCUCUGCAGCGCUUUCAGGAUACACUGGAGUUCUUUGAAGAAGUUAAAAUGGAGUUUGAUCGAACAGCAGGACACAUGAAGGUCCAGGCUCAACACACAGAGACGCAGAUUAAGGAGCAGUUUAAGAAGCUUCACCAUUUUCUAGAAGAGGAAGAGGAGGCCAGGAUGGCUGCACUGAGGGAGGAAGAGGAGCAGAAGAGGAGGAUGAUGGAGGAGAAGAUGGAGGCUGUGAACAGAGAGAUAGCAGCUCUUUCUCACACAGUCAGAGCCACAGAGGAGGAGCUGAGAGCUGAAGACGUCUCCUUCCUGCACAACUUCAAGGCUGCAGUGGAGAGGCUUCAGCGCCCCCUGCUGGAGGAUCCACAGCAGCCCUCAGGAGCUCUGAUAGACCAGGCCAAACACCUGGGCAACCUCAGCUUCAACAUCUGGAACAAGAUGAAGGACAUGGUGACCUACUUUCCUCUCAUCCUGGACCCAAACACUGCUGAUCCAAGACUCAUCCUGUCUGAAGAUCUGACCAGUGUGAGAGGGGAGGAUGAGGAGUUAGAGGAGGAACCGAAACUUCCUGAAAAUCCAGAGAGGUUUGAUUAUGAAUGGUCUGUCCUGAGCUCUGAGGGCUUUAACUCAGGGACUCACAGCUGGGAUGUCCAGGUUACAGACAGUACAUUCUGGUAUCUGGGUGUGUUAGCAGAGUCUGUCCAGAGGAAGGGAAGCAUAGACUCUGGAUUAUGGGGAAUAAGUUUCUUUGAAGGUAAAUACUCUGCAGAGUCUUCAUCAGAUCCAGACACUCCUCUCAGCCUGAAGACGAAGCUCCAGAGGGUCAGAGUGAAUCUGGACUGGAACAGAGGAAAGUUGUCGUUCGAUGAUCCUGACACUAACACACACAUACACACCUUCACACACACUUUCACUGAGAGGAUGUUUCCGUACUUUAACACUGAGGAGGAAGUGAAGAUAUUACCACUGAAGGUGUGUGUGACAGUGGAUCAGAGCAUAUAGAGAGGAUCAUUAACUCCAUAUCUCUUAAAGGGGAAAUAAAUUGCAUGUAACCUCUGCAGCUGCACCUCCUGCUGUCUCAUUAUAACAAACGUGUUUAUUUUUGGUGCACUGGUUAUUUUAAUAUCAUGUUUUUUCCGAUAGUGCAAAUAAAAAUUUCUGAAGCUUU